AUGGUUUCAUCCAAGAGUCUCUCUCUCGCUCUUCUCUCCUUCAUGGUUCCAGCUCUGGCACUGGACCCGGCCACUAUUUGGUCGAAAGAGCCCUGCACUGGAGAAUCGGCAGAAAUCCCAUCCGACAACAAAUGCACUCCCGUGCCCGAGCCGUUGGCUGGCAAAGUGACUGCCGUUACCGUCCCAGAAAAUGUUGUGUGUAACUUCUUCAGGGAUGAAAAUUGCCAGGAGCCAAUUUUGUACUCUGUGGAGGACCCUGGUAUCUGCACAUUCAGCGAGUGGGAUGUCAAUGACAACAAGGUCAGCAAUGAGUCAGCUAGCGUCCAGUGCUAUGACAGCACCGACUAG